UGGGGGGAAGGGAUGCCUGUAUCCAUGCGUCUGACGUCAGCGCGCUGGAGAGAGAGGAGGCGAUGAGAGGAAGCUGCAAUAAACACACAGGGCGUCUGCGCCUAUCUAAGUAGGACAAUAAAGUGAAACGGUAUCAAUGCUCUAACAAUGGAUUUGUCAGAUAUGGUCCUUCUUAAACUUUUCCUCUUCGUUUACUUACUUAACUACACCGAAGGACAUUAUAGAAAUCCUCUGAACAAGUACAUCCUGCACUAUGAAGGCCUGUCCUACGACACAGAGCUGGUGCACCACCAUCACCAGAGAGCCAAAAGGGCGCUGUCCCACGAAGAAAAGUUCCUCCAUUUAGACUUUCAUGCCCAUGGAAGGCAUUUUAACUUGCGCAUGAAGAGAGAUACUUCUCUAUUUGCUCAAGAUUUGAAGGUUGAAGUCUCAGGAGAAGAGAUUCCUUAUGAUACCUCUCAUAUCUACACUGGAGAAAUUUUUGGUGAGAAAAACACCUUAACUCAUGGCUCUAUUGUGGAUGGCAAGUUUGAGGGCUUCAUUCAGAGCUACCAGGGCACCUACUACGUGGAGCCUGCCGACAGAUACCUCCAGGGGAAAAACGUGCCUUUCCACUCUGUCAUGUACCAUGAGGACGACAUACACUAUCCACAUAAGUACGGCCCUGAGGGAGGAUGUGCGAACAGUUCUGUGUUUGAGCGAAUGAGGAAGUAUCAGGGCUCUGCUGUACAAGAGCCACUCAAGGAUGUCCACAUUGAUGAGGAUUCUGACGGACCUGUGCUGCUGAGGAGGAGGAGGAUGGCUCAGGCUGAGAAAAAUACCUGUCAGCUCUUCAUUCAGACAGACCAUCUUUUCUUCAAGUACUACAAAACCAGAGAGGCUGUUAUAGCACAGAUCUCCAGUCAUGUCAAGGCCAUCGAUGCAAUUUAUCAGGGAACCGAUUUCAUGGGCAUUCGAAACAUUAGCUUCAUGGUUAAAAGAAUCCGAAUUAAUACCACCAAUGAUGAGAGGGACCGGUCCAACCCAUUUCGUUUUGCAAACAUCGGAGUUGAAAAGUUUUUAGAGCUGAACUCUGAACAGAAUCAUGACGACUACUGUUUGGCCUAUGUUUUCACCGACAGAGACUUUGACGACGGUGUGCUGGGACUGGCCUGGGUUGGAGCACCUUCAGGGAGCUCUGGUGGCAUUUGCGAGAAGAGCAAGCUGUAUUCAGAUGGCAAGAAGAAGUCUCUCAACACUGGAAUAAUUACUGUACAAAAUUAUGCCUCCCACGUGCCACCCAAAGUCUCCCAUAUCACUUUUGCACAUGAAGUGGGACAUAAUUUUGGCUCCCCGCAUGAUUCUGGAGCUGAGUGCACGCCAGGGGAAUCCAAGAGCCAAGACAAGAAAGAGAAGGGCAAUUACAUCAUGUAUGCACGGGCCACGUCAGGAGACAAACUCAACAACAACAAGUUCUCUAUCUGCAGCGUGCGCAACAUCAGCCAGGUCCUGGAGAAGAAGAGGGGCAACUGCUUUGUCGAGUCUGGUCAGCCCAUCUGUGGGAAUGGGCUGGUGGAGCCUGGAGAGGAGUGCGACUGUGGCUACAGCGAUCAGUGCAAGGACCAGUGCUGCUACGAUGCCAACCAGCCCGACAACAAGAAGUGCAAGCUCAAGCCUGGCAAAGUCUGCAGUCCAAGCCAGGGUCCAUGCUGUGCUCCUGACUGCUCUUACAAGGGCCGUAAUGAGAAGUGUCGAGAGGAGUCAGAGUGCGCUCACCAGGGCAUGUGCAACGGUGUAAGUGCCCAGUGCCCCACCUCCGAGCCCAAAGCCAACUUCACGGCCUGCCACGGAGAGACCCAAGUCUGCCUCAAUGGGGGCUGCUCUGGCUCUAUCUGUGAGAAGUAUGGGCUGGAGGCGUGCACCUGUGCCAGCCAAGACGGGAAGGACGAGACUGAGCUCUGCCAUGUGUGCUGCAUGGAGAAGAUGAACCCCAACACCUGCAGCAGCACAGGGUCGGAGAGACUGGCCCGAUUCUUCAAUAAGAAGGUGACCACUCUGCCGGCCGGGUCUCCCUGUAAUGACUUCAAAGGCUACUGUGACGUGUUCAUGAAGUGUCGCCUGGUGGAUGCAGAUGGACCCUUGGCCAGACUCAAGAAGGCCAUCUUCAACCCGGAGCUUUACGAGAACAUCGCAGAGUGGAUAGUGGCUCACUGGUGGGCAGUGCUGCUGAUGGGCAUCGCUCUGAUCAUGUUGAUGGCUGGAUUCAUCAAGAUUUGCAGCGUCCACACACCAAGCAGCAAUCCUAAACUGCCUCCACCUAAACCACUUCCAGGCACUUUGAAAAGGCGGCGGGCGCAGCAGCACUCCAGCUCCCAGGUGCAGCACCAGUCUCGGGACCCCCACGGCGCACACGGGGGCCAUAGUGGGCAUGGUGGGGGGCACGGAGGGGGACACGGCGGGGGGCAGAGGCAGCAACAGCAGCAAAGACAGCCAUCGCGACAGUCCCAACAGCAGCAGCAGCGUCACCACCGCCAGCCCAGAGAGAACUAUCAGAUGGGCCAGAUGAGACGCUAAGAGACCCCCUCCUCCCCCUCCCAAGCCUCUGACUACUACCACCAACCACCACCCCCCCGAUGCCUUGGCUCCUCCUUGUGCCUACAGUUGGGAAAACAAAAGCAGCGUCACUCCAUCCAAAGAAAAAGCCUGACACGGUUGAUGGUCAUCUUCAUAUCCUCCCAUUAACGAUAGACAAUAGACUACGCGACAUGGCAGAAGACACUGAAACUCAAUUUGGUUCUUUGUGGAGUGGACCGUCAGCCAUUUGCGAUCGAAGCGUCUUUUUUUUUCCACCACCGUUUUGUUCGUUUUUGAAGGAGUGCCAAGGAGUUAAGGAAUCAUGUGUAGCUUUAGUACAUUCUGUGAUGUGUUAUUCAGUUUUGAUUUUUUUGUUUUGUUUUGUUUUUAUUGCGACGUCGUCUUGAGUGACUCGCCCGUGGCUGCUGGUGAAUUGUCUGUGCUUUUCUGUUGGGCCAUCAUAACGAGAGACAGAGACACUUCAGCGGGGAAUAAGCGGCACUUUUUUCGUCAUUUUACACUCGUCGAAAAAUGGCAAAGACACAGGCUCCAGUGUGUCUCGUGCAGGCGGUUCCUCUGCAUGUGAUUGUACAUAUUUAGUGUAUUAUAAGUGAAAAAACUAUUUCUUCUACUGUAAAUGUGUAAUUCUUCACGUUUUUCUUUUUGAUUUUAUUUUCCGUUAGUGCUCUCAGGACUUACUAACACACGAAGGACGGUCAUGGUGAGCUCCUUGGAUGCUACUUUUUGAGCAUUUGUUGCCACCAAGCUCAAAGUGUCCAAUCAGGUGGAGCUCUUUCACUUUUGCUAGAUACAAUUCGAAACAAAAAGGUCACUAUAUUGCAUUUUAAGGGCCUUUUUUGUUCACAAUCCCAUAUUCUUUUUUCUCGUCUUGCUAACAUCAUGUCCAGUCGUACGUGUAAAGCUAGAGAGGAACUGUUGAACACGAAAAGGGAAGAUUGCCUAGUUUGGGACAAUGUCUUUUAUUAAUAUUUUUUUGUUGUUUUAUUUUGAUUAUGAAGAACAAAUAACCACUAAUUGAUCAUUCUACCUGUUGAGAUUUGAAGAUGAGGGGUAAGUGAAGGCUGCUGUGGCUUAGUGUAAUGUGUAUGUUGAAAAGUUAGUUUACAUGAGUGUGGGAAUAAAUUGAAACUCCAGUGUGCUUGUGUACAAAAGAUAAAUCAUGCUAUUAUUCUUCAGAUCGUGAUUUUCAAUGUGGGCAUGCAGACACAUCUAUUAAUGUGACUUUAAUUGACGAAGGUCUGUACUAUUUGUAUGUCACUCUACACUUUACUUUGACAGCUGAUAAUGUUUGGAUCUUAAAACUUAAAAUGGACAAAAACACAUUCCAGCUUGAGCACACUACAACAGUUUUUCAUUUUUAUACAAGAUUUUGCUUGACUUUGUGAACCCAUCCCCUUUAGAGCUACAGUACUGUGCAAAAUGCUUCAAAGAACUAAGGAUGGUGCAUUAAAGUGGAACUAAACACUAAAUCCACUUUUCUUUCGCUACUUAACUGUAUUUGGUAAUCACACUGUUCCUCAUAUAUCCAGAUCCGGCCCUUUCUCCUCUCUGUUUUAUAGUUUACAGGCAUUACAGUUUAUCAGCUCUGUUUGAAAUGUGGUUGUGGGCAGAGUUUGUGUUUAGUCCCACUUUGAUAUGCUACAUUAGAAAAGUACUAUUUUAAUGUGGGUCGCAGUGAUAAAUAUGAUGUACCUAGAAAUGGCCACAAAGGAAAAAUAAGUUUUAAAUUUACACAAUUUUUUUAUGUGCAAUUUAUUGAAGUUGAUUAGAGUGAGUGUUGAAAUAGUAAAAACUAAGCGUCAAAACCUCCUAAAAAAAAAAACAUAAUUUUGCUCUACAUAAUUCUACCUUUCAUUUUGCACAGUACUGUAAAUAUGUGUGAUCUUAGUGUGCCAUAUGUUCUGGUGACAUUUCCUGAUAUUGGGUUUAUCCGGAAGGCAGUUAACACUAAAAUUGAAGGAUUCUGGUCAUGAAGGAUUGUUCUAACUUUUGACAAUAAAGCAAAAAGUAUUGUUUUCAUUAUCAUGUCUUAAUGCAUGCAGUACGUAACACAAGUAGUAUAACCACACUUGCUCUGGAGGGGACUUGACACUAUAUGUUUUGGCUAUUUUAAAUUUCAACAAUUAUUUUCUGUGAAUUUGAUAGUCACUCUACUUCUUGCAUCUGUAAAACUACAACUGGAGCUCUUUUUAAAAUGUCAACUCCUGGGUUGAAUCACGACUGUAAUGCCUGGGGUAAAUUUAACAUGUAAACUUGUACAGUACUUCGAAAAAUUUGCAUUUCAUUUGAAAAUGAAGAUUACAUUUUGAUACGUUUUGUUCAUUAUUUUGUAUUUCUGAUUCCAGUUGUUUAAAGAUGUUCAUAUGUGACAAACUUUCCUCCCUAUAAGUUAUUUACGUUCUUCUAUGUGCUAGUAGAACUCAACUUUGCUUCUGAUUUCACCACCGAAAUUUCAGUUCUGUGUGAUGGUGAUGGAGUUGAUUUUUUUUUUUUUUUUUUUUGUCAGUUUUCUGUGGCAUGGUAUGGGUAGAUGAGCAGCAGAUUAAAUGCCUGUAAAAUUUAUUUUCUUUCUUUUUAAUUUCAUAGUCUUGGUAAAGUUUUUAGCUAAACGUGCACUGAAAUGUCCAAAUUGAGUUUGAAAUGUUGUAGGUUGUUGUAGGCCGAAAGAACACGAUUAAAAAGUAAUACUACUGUCUGAUUUUAAUGUUCACUGUGUUUUAUACAGUAUCGGAAAUUUUUGUUCACUUUGAACAUUUUUACUAAAAAAAUCAAAUUGUAUUGUGCAAAGAGAUGUAAUUUUUGGAGUACUUGAAAUGCAUUAAUUAAAAGACGCGUUCAAAAUAAAAUAGACCCCUGUUUACUGUC